GGAAGCGGAGGUUUGGUCGGUCGCUCGGUCGGAGGCUGGGGCUCGUGAGGGGAUUUGGUCACCCUUUUAAAGAACAAGCAUAAGAGUCGUCUUUGGAUUUUGUUGCUUUACAUUUUCAGAAUAAGCAAGAUGACCUCCAAUUUUGCCACUCGGUACAAAAAGGACCUGAGCACGGAGGCCCUGAAGACGAAACUGGUCCGCAGGAAAUCCGUCCUGCAAAAGGAGAGCAGGCAAAAGCAGUUCAACAAGACCAGGCAGUUUGGACUGGCUGACGUCAACACACAGCACACGAGGGACAGGGAGCUUUCUCGCCUGGAGGAGACGGGCGAAGCGCACUCGCCGGAGAAGAGCAAGGGAAAGCCAAAUCAAAUAACGAAUGCCAAGAUCUGUAGUAAGGAGCGGCUGGAAAUGCUCCAGCGUUACAAAGCUGAAAAAGAGCUCCGGAAACUGAAGGAACAAAGAGAGAAGCCCGUGUUUAAGUGUGGGCGAUACAAGCCGGAAAUGCCUUCCUUUCUUCCCCAGCCCUCACAGAUCCCUGUGCUGAGCAAGCCGAAAGAGAAGGCAGCACCGCUUCCAGAACGGGUAACGCGAUCGAAGGCAAGACCCCAGGCGUCAACGAUGGUGCCGAAGGGUACCGGUAAGGGGUCUGGCCUGCAGCCCCCUCAACACAGGCACGUGGAAAAACCGGCGAAAAAAGAGAGCAAAGGGGCUCAGCCUGCGGUCCCCGCACCCACCAGUGGAAGAAUUACAAGAGCAACAGCUGCUGCUAUGUCCAAGAUACCACAAGUCUUGAAACCGGCUGUGACUGCAGGUAAUCAGGCGCAGAAAAGGGUGACCCGCAAAGGAAAGCCGCAGACAGAGAUCAAAAAUGAGGAGGCAUUACAUGACAUGAAAGAGGAUGUUCCGAUGGAGCCCAUAGAAGAGAGGGCUGACCUCCAACUUGCUUCGGCUGAAGGCACUGGGGAGUCUGAGGCCUCUCCGGAGAAGGAAAACGUGCUGCCUGUGUCUUGCGUCCCAGCUCUCCCUCGAAGAAGAGGCCGUUCGUUUGCCCCACAGAACUUUCUCUUUAAGCCUCUGGAGGGCGUGGCCUCCUACAAGAUCUCUCCAUUGUCCCCCUCCAGGGCCAGCAUGUUCCUGUCGCCCAACCUCACUUGGAGCCCUGCCAAGACCACCAGGAAAGUCCCGAAGGAAGACGCCAAGGAGCCCACACCAGAGGACCGUCGUUCAGAAAGCGAACCUUCCACAGUGCCGGACGUGACCGAGGACAUUCCGGAAUGCCAGUCUGCCCUGGAGCCCCAGGAGGAGGAGGAGAUGGAACCUGCGCCUAAUGAAACGACAAUGGCCAUUACCGGCGCAACGGAGGCCACCCAGCGGCCCGCCGACCUUUCGGCACCUGAAACGUCGGACACGACAGGAGCACCGCAGCACGACGUGCGUUAUUUCAGAAACGUGCUUCGCUCUGAAACAGAGAGGCUCUCCUUGUGUUGUCUUGAAUGGGACGGGACAGCCGAGACGGACAUCCCAGAUGAUGCCCAAGAUCUUGUCCGGACGACUGUCGGGCAAACCCGGCUGCUGAUAGCAGAGAGAUUCAAGCAGUUUGAAGGGCUGGUAGAUAACUGCGAGUUCAGACGUGGGGAAAAGGAGACUACGUGUUCGGACCUGGACGGGUUCUGGGACAUGGUCGCCUUCCAGGUGGAAGAUGUGAAUAAAAAAUUCGAGAGCCUGAGGAAGCUCCAGGAGAACGGGUGGCAAGCAGCUGAAGGCAACCAGGAGGCCAAGCAGGUCCCCAAGAAGAAGACUGCCUGUCCCAGGGCCACCAGAGUGACGGGCAGGUCUGUCGGAAGGACGGCUGCCCGGAAACGCCUCGCCGCGAUCAAGGCGAUGAUGAAGAACAAGGCGAGGCAAGAGGGGGCGGCAGCCGAACCAGCAGGCCAGGAAACUCCACAGAAAGAAGAGGAGCCGGUCACCUUUGACGGAGGGUUCUUCCGGGUCGAAUCUCCUGCCAGACUUCUCCUAGGCCAAACUCCCAAAUCGGCCACCAGGUCUUCCCGGCGGUCUUCCAGACGGGCUACGCCAAGAUCCGCCAGCCGAGCCUUUCUUCGGAGCUGUGUGGACACUUCAGUCGCACGACUGGGCACGCCGGCAGCCUACAGAAGCCACCCUCCUUUGCCCAACCCGGAUGCAUUUGCAGGCCUUUCGCGAACGGAUCUCAGUCACAUUUUUGAUCAAAGUGACACGCAAGCCGCAGAAGGAUCCAGUGCCGCAGUAGACGGCGCGGCAGAAGAGGCGGGCGAAACACAAACGGCCUCCUCCGACAGCGCCUCUCGCUCUAGUGAGACGGACAACUCGGAUCCCGUCGAUUCCCGGGAGGCAGAAAGCCCUGACACUGAGACGAACGAGUCCGAUAUCGCGGAAGAUGUUCAGCAGACCGUGGUGGAUCUGGGCGUGGCGUGUACUCCCGACAAGGAUGUCCGGGGGACAGAAAGUCUUGACGCGGAGAAGAACGAGUCCAAUAUCACAGAAGAGGCUCAGCAGACCACGAUGGAUCUGGGAGGAGAAGGUGUGAUGUGCAGCCCUGAAAAGGAUAUCCGGGGGCCACAAAGUCCUGACACUGAAAAGAACAGGUCUGAUAUGGCAGAAGAGGUUCAGCAAACCACAAUGGAUCUGGGAGACGAGGGUUCGUUGUGCAGUCCUGAGAAGGACUUCGGGGGAACAGAAAGCCCUAACGCUGAAAAGAACGAGUCUGAUAUGGCAGAAGAGGUUCAGCAAACCACAAUGGAUCUGGGAGACGAGGGUUUGUUGUGCAGUCCCGAGAAGGAUUUCCGGGGAACAGAAAGUCCUAAUGCUGAAACGAACGAGUCUAUUAUCGCAGAAGAGAUUCAGCGGACCACGAUGGAUCUGGGAGACGAGGGUUCGUUGUGCAGUCCCGAGAAGGAUGUCUGGGGAGCAGAAAGUCCUGAUGCUGGAAAGCACAAGUCCGAUAUGGCAGAAGAGGUUCAGCAGACCACGAUGGAUCUGGGAGACGAGGGUUCAUUGUGCAGUCCUGAGAAGGACGCCCUGUUCGAAGGGGCUUCCUUUCAGGGUGAAGAACACCACACCCCAGCCCGGCAAACAGGCCCACUCCUCGAUGACUCCUCCUGCAGCAGCGGGACCCCAGUGGGCAAGCCGCACCUGGACUGCAGCCUUUUCUUCACUCCCCUCAAGAACGAAGCUCAGAAAUUCGCGGCGGUCGCUCCGGGCAACGACCUGAUUGUGUUUUCUCCCCUUCCUUUCCCAGCCGGAGAGAAGUGAGGGGCUUCCUUUCUUUUCCCCUUUCGCACCGUCCGCUUGGGACAGGUACCGGUGCAUCUACGCACUGAGUAAACGGGUCUCUCCGCCUUAUAAAUUCUAGCCGAAUUUACUCUGCGGCAUUCUAAAGAAGGGGUUUCCACUUAAGCUGUGCCCUGCAGGGUUUAACUGGCUCAUGACUGCUGACUGGGUAGGGAGUUGCUCAGAUGACGACCUUCUGCAACAGGAGAGACUGUUGCUGAGACGCCAGGCAUCUAAAUGUGAGUGCCUAGUUAGUUCCCAGCUGUUUGAACGGGCCAGAGUUAACUGUGAUAUUUCAGGCCCUGUAAGCCUCUUAAUAAUUAUUCAGAGGUUUGACUUGCCUUCAAAAAAAAUGUGUGCGCUCAUAAAACCAGAAUGCUUUUAUAGAGUUCUCUCCCCCCCCCCCUUUGGCAUACUUCAAAAGCAUUAUUAAAGUUACGUUA